AUGUUGGAGAAACUAAGUAUUAACAACAAAACCACUGCAAAUGUUCUCCCAGGCUGGCCCCAGCAUAGCCAGUCACCAUUGCCUGCUUGGUUUGUCCAGCACUUUCCGAAGCUUGCUGUUUUUCAUCUGAAAUGCCAUAUAUUUCCAGCUUUUAAGGAUCUCUUGACUGCAUUAACAGUCUGCAAGUCUCUGCAAGAAAUUGUCUUUCAAAUACAGUGCUUGUCAGAUGCCGAUACUUGUGCUUUUGCUUCAGUUUUGCCACAUUUUUCUGCUGUUAAGAUCUUGGAUAUGAAUAAUAUGUUUUUUGAAAGUAAAGAAGGAGCAGAAGAUUUUGCUAAAGCUCUGCAAUCUCUUAACCAGCUUGAAUUCCUCCGACUUCCAAUGGGCAGUGGAAUAACUGCAGCUGCAAGCUCCAUAGUACAUCAGUUUCCUCACCUGCCACAUCUUAAGGUCCUGAUAUUCAAUUUUUGUCUAACUGAUGACAGUUUACUGGAACUUGCAAAAGUCGCUCGCGAUGGCUUCCUGUGCACCCUUCAGCAGUUGGAUCUAAAUGGCAACAGUAAAAUCACCGAUUCUGGAUGGAAAGAUUUUUUUCUGACUGUGAACAACAUGCCAAAGCUGAAAGAAUUUGAGGCUGGCAGACCGUAUUGCAAUAAUCUUAAACCUAACCCACAAACAGUAAGAGCUUUUGUUCAGUGUGUCUCCAAGCUACAUAAUCUUGUAGUUAUUUCGAUGCUCGGGUGGUUACUAGAUGCAGAAGAUUUACGUAUGUUUGAAGAAAUGAAGCAACAACAUCCCCAGUCAAAAAGAAUGAGACUCAUAUGGCAGUGGUUGCUACCAUUCCCAGCAAAUAUAACAGAAUAAACAGACAAGACCAUUCAAUACUGGGCCAUUUUGUAAUAAUAAUCAUGUUUAAAAGAUUGAAAAAUGAUUGUACUAAUAUGUGUUUUAAGUAAUAUUUUAUUGCUUUCAUCAAUAACUUCAAGAUAAGAAUAUAAAAUAAGAGUAGCAAUACAAAGCAUGCAGGAGUGGCUGCAUCUGUAGAAUUUACUCAAUAAUUUGACAUUUGUUAUUUUACUAAGAUUGUUAUUCAAAGGUUGAGACAAGACAUUAGUAUGUUUGAUAUUCAUAAAUAAAUUAUUAUAUGUUUAAAUGGUCGUCUAUUCCAAGUAGUAUAGUCACUGUGCAUCUUGGCGUAGUCAGUUACAAUUGGCUAUUCUUUUAAAGUUGAGUGGUAUGUAAAGAAUACAAGCAUCAUGCUAGAGAGAAUCAUGUUUCCAGUAAUAACAGCACUGUACUUCAGAAUGAUCAAAAGGUACCACACUGUGCUGCAUUGGUUGAUAUGUUAGAAAGAGCAAUCAUAUAACCAUAUAUCUUGAUUUGUUAACAAAGUGUACUCAGAUACUUUUACCACAGAAUAUGGGUUUAAAAAGACUAUAAAAAUGUAUUUUUUGUAAAUGGCAUCCUGUAACCCAGUACUAAUGGAUAGAUUUACUGAAUCAGAAACACUCAGUCUAGGGAUCUAAACCUCUUCUGCAGCAUCAACAGAACAGUUUCAAGGGACAGUUACAUCUCACAGAGGAUACCACUGCUCUGGAAGAGACUCCCCAUCCACAUAUAAAAAAGUUCAUCCCUCACCAUAUUCAAGGGUAACUUGAAUCUAUUGGUGGGAAACAGAACAUUUAUUUCAGGACUGUCCCCUGCACUACUAAUGAAGACAGAUAGCCCCUAAAUGCUUUACCCCAUACAUGGGUUCUCUCAG